AUGGAUGAAUGGCCAAAACCAAGUAGCAGCUGUACUAAAAUCAGAUGCAAUAGCUUGGUCGUGGAGGCAAAGGAAGAUGAAGAAAAUACACCCACAAGCUCUAUACUAGAUCUACUCUCAAAAUCUGUGGACACUAGGGGAGAGUAUGAGCGCAUAGAUACAGAGAUAAACGACAUUUAUCGUAAUCUAUAUAGCAUUUCUAUACCAUCCAACAUUAAAAAUCAUCCAGGCGAUGCCGUUAUUCAUCGCUCCACUUGCAACUCAACCCCACCAUCUGCGCCUGAGUACCACCCAGCAAAACAAGUGAGCCCAGUAUGCCUCAAAGAUACUCAUUGGAAAAAAAAGAACAUUCAGACUACAGUCAAAGCUUUCAAAAGUAGCAGUGCAUCAGUCCAACAAACAUGCAAUUCUAAUCCCCGACCUUGUACAGUAUUUGACGCCGAAUCUAGUCCUUAUGACUGCUCUGCCAAAGAUAGAGUGCUGGAAAUUCCAGACACAGCAACAGUAAUAUAUGCAUACAAUGAAGCUCGCAAUCUUUCGGAGCACAUUAAUAAAGCCAAUCUUUCUAGUAUCAGUAUAAAUACACACAACUGGCGUGCAGUCCAAUCCAAAAAGCAUACGCGUUUAUUAUCAGUACCAGCUGGUUCUGUUGGGUCCAUUGUAGCAACUCCAACUCCUGAUCCAAAAAAAUCCCAUUCAUUAACAGCUGCAAUUCCUACCCAAGAGCACACAACAAAAACAACCAGCAAAAGUUGCAACUUGGUCCCCAAAAUAAAGACUAGACGAAAAAAGAAUCGUGUGCACGCCCAUUCAUCUGAAAAUAAAAAUGAACAAAAUGGCUCGGCUUUGACCAAAAUGCAAGGUCUUGAUCUCCUUGUGGAUGCACAGUCAACGGUAAAGCGGUAUCCUUUAGAGUGCUUUGAUGACAUUACCCAGUUUGAAACUCGUAGUCCUGCCGAAUGGUUAUCCACCAACUUUUUAACACCUCGUGUUUUUACUCCUGCCUUUUCUCGCUUUUAUGGCACUGGUGAAACAGGAUCGUGCCCUACAGAUUGGGAAUGGGCAAAAUGCUCUGUUUUGGAUUAUUGCAGCAAAAAAGACAUGUACUUGAUCGAAUGGGUUUGUAGUCCAGAAAGUCGAAAAUGGGUUAGGCGUCUAAAUCUCCGCUUUGAAUCAGAAAACGCAGACCUUUUUUUUCGUCGUAUUGAAGCUGCAAUUAAAAACCGAAGUUUAGCAGAAAUCGAUGAUAAACUUUAUUCCAAAAUUGCUGCACAAUCUAUGCCAGAUAUGGCACCACUACCGGAUUUUUUAAAACUGGGAUUUCUAUCAAAAGUUGGAAUACCCAUUACAAAACGCAAUUAUAGAAUAGUGGAAAAAUGUCUUGCGGAGCUUGAAAAAGACUAUGAUUUUAGUAUUAAAAAAGCACACUAUCGGUUAUUGCACAAUGAGGAAUUCACCACCAAUCAAGCAACAUCAAACUCGGAGAAAUUUGCAAUAGCUGCAUUAGCAAAGUCUGGUGCUGAUAGAUACGACAACUCCCAUACCCUUCUUGGUCAAGUUGCGAUUGCUAGUCGUGAUCUCUCAGAUGCCAUGUUUAGCGCAAAUGCUAAUCUGCAAAAAGCCUGUGUUGAAAUUCUGGCAUCUCUCAGAAACGCCAUAUCUGAAACAAAUGGGUUUUAUACAUUUUUUAUAGAUUAUCCGUGUCUAUACUCUACGUUUGAUGAACGUGUAACCUUGCAUAGUAAUGCUGUUCAAGCAAAACUCGUGUAUCAAUGGCCUCGUCUUAUUGUCACUAUUAUUGAAUCUCUUUUAGGAGACUAUUUCAAUUUGCAAGAGUCCCAUUACAAAAACUUUGAAGAGAAUCGAUGCUACAAUUUUCUGCGGUUAGUAAAAGUCAUCAUGGAAACACAGCUAAAAAGUAUUGUUAUAUCUGGACUUCAUCAGUUUCUUCAGCUUUUUAAUAUUGAUUUUGAAAAUAUCCAAAAAAUUUGGAACUUUAUAAACGAUGCUGAAAUGCAUUUAAGCGAUUACACAAGCAAUAUAUACUGGGAAGCGUUCAAAUGGCCAAAUCGGGUGCUUGAUCAGAUUAGUCGAGCAAAAACCAUGCUGAAUGCAAAUAAAGAGCUCAUUAUUUGUCAAAUCACAGCCGACAAGAUUCAAGCCGAGUCUACUAUUGUUUCGUUUAAAGCAAAAAUUCACGAGCUGUCUAACAUUUCAGACCUGGAAACACUCCUUAAAACAAGCAGCAUCCAAAACGACAUGCUAUCCGAACUAAAUGCUAUCAAAGAUCUCUCCUUUCGUGUACAGCAACGUGAAAAACAAAUGGAGUGCUCAAAGAGCACAUUCAAUGAGCUUGCCGAUAUCAUUGCUUCUUUUGAAUCAUAUCAAGAUUUGCUUCAUUUGUCACAAGAUUCGUUGGAGCUCAUGAAAAACUGGACAAGCAAGUAUUUUAUUGAAUUAGAUGGCGAAAAAAUCAUUUCAAUUGUAGCAUCAUGGAGUGCAACUAUUCAUAAAUUGCUUCAGGCGUUUGUACAUACUCCAAAAUCUAAAGCCAUUGUUGAGAUACUUAAAACCCGCGUGGACGAUUUUUGCAGAAACACGCAGGUAAUAACAGCAUUGCGAAAUCCAGCAUUACAAGCAAGUCAUUGGGAACAAAUAUCUGCCAUCACAGGCCUGACACUGGAAGAUUUUUCAGCGCUUUGUUUAAGCCAGGUUCUUGACCUAGAUCUUGAGCUGGUGCAAGAUACUAUAGUUGACAUCAGUAACGAAGCCAGCAUCGAGUAUCGAUUAGAGUCAGAGAUUGAAAUCAUGAGAGUUGAUUUGUUAACCAAAGAGUUUUGUUUAAAACCCUUUUAUUCGACCGAAUACACAAUUAUAAACAACUUUCAAGAUCCGCUAGAUGUUCUCUACAAUCAACUCCAGCAAUGCCAAGUGCUGAUUAAAGCUGCUAUUGGUACAGGCGCGAUGCCAAAAAUUGAGCAGUGGGCCAAGAAAAUCCAUCAAGCUCAGGAUCUACUUUACAUUUGGUCAGAAGUUCAAGCCAAAUUUACUCUUCUGUACCCUCUCAUGACAAACAAGGACAAUUUUUUGCUUUUAGGAGAUAGAAAUCUGGAAGAGUUUACAAUUGUUUCCAAAACAAUGACUAUUUUUUCAGAAAUUGUUACCAAGGCCAAAAAGUAUAUCACUUUGCUUCAUCGAACAGAUUUGCAUGAAAUCAUUCAAGGAGGAGAUACGCGACUGCGCUUUAUAUUGGGAAACAUGGACAGUUUUUUGUAUGCUAAGCGAUCAUUGUGUCCUCGCCUAUAUUUGGUUUCUGAUGAAGAGGUUCAAAAAACAUUGUCCUGCAUAGAUACGGUGCAAUUAUCUGCCGCUGUAUCAAAAUAUUUCGAUGGUGUCGAUCAGCUUCUUUUUGGCUCACAAGUAAAAAACGCUGAUAUAGAUGACCAGAGCUUCCAUGUCCAGCUAAAUUCUCCAAAUGAUCAAAUAUUAGAAUCUGUGAUACAUGAGCAUACAUCUGUUUUACCAGUUGAUCCUGAUAAAGUGCAAAAUACUUUGAUUAUAGGAGUAAUGAGUCACCAUGGUGAAAAACUGUAUUUUCAACAGCCAAUACCGUUUUUUAAAAAUAUUGAAUCGGUAAUUCUCCAAAUUGAAGCAGAGUUACAGAAUAGUUUGCAACACGCAAUUCAAUCCGCCUGGACAGAUUUAAGCAGCGCAACGUCUUGGAUUUCUGCAUCGUAUUUGACACUUCCCCUGCAAGCUACUCUGGUAGCUUUACAAGGAAAAUGCUGGGAAAAAUUGGCGCUUUUUCAACAUCAUUCCGAAGACGUAUCUCACAAGGAGUUCCGUUUGACCAUUAUCAGUAGCAUAGAUACUCUUGUUGCAGACUGUCGAACAGAAAAUUCUGCUUUGGUCCGCUUUGUGUGCGAGUCUAUCAUUGCUACAUUAAUAUCAAGCUUAAAUCUUGUAGAGCAAAGAUCGACCAAGCAACAAUUGAUUGUAAACCCUCCAUUGAUACAGUACCAAUUGUCUGAUUCCGGAAAACUAUCACUAAAUUUUACUACCACUCCAGAUUUUAAAUACCCUUAUGGAUACGAAUACCAAGGAACUAACGCACGAAAUAUAUUAUCCUGUUCAAUGCUUUGCACCCUCGACAAUCUACAAUCUGUUUUAUCUCAAAACCAGUUUGCAGCGCUUUAUGGAAAAGAUAAAAGCAACAAAUUAACUACAAUUUUGGAGCUGUCUCAUUUUGCUGGAUACACAUGUUUGGUCAUUAACUGUGCUAUUCUAUUUUGCCAUUCAUCAUUUGAAAACGUAUAUCGUGCAUUUUCAAAGACUCGCUCAUGGCUUGUUUUGCAGAAUGUUCAUUCCACCUCGCAAAAAAUUCUUGGAUUGAUAGGAGAGUAUAUACGUUCCGAUAAACAAAACUUGACCAUUCAAUCUACACUGUAUUGUGAUCAACAAAGCCAUCAAAGCAAGCUACAUGAAAUGAUAAAAAACCCAUUUCCUGCUAUUUUUGCAACAUUGCCAUCUAUGCAUUUCUGGAAACAUCUGCCCAAUAAUUUUCGGCAGCUUUUUCGACCCACAGCUAGAGUUUUACCAAACAGUCGAGUAAUUGUUGAAGCUUUGCUUGCUGCAAAAUGGUACAAGUCAUCAAGAGAGCUGGCCAGUAAAUUUGAAAUAUUUACAGAGUUGAUCCCGGUUUGCUUUUCUGGAGGUUUCCACUGCAAUAUAAGCUGUGUCUGUCGUAUCAUUAGGGAUCGUCUACCCUAUUGCACUGCACAAUCGCCAUUUUUAGAAGCAACUCUAGUUGUAAAAGCAAUUCAAAGUAUUUUUUUGCCAAUGCUAUCUCAAGAUGAAGGGCGGACAUUAUCUGAACUACUUCAAGAUGUUUUUGGUUGUAGCGUUUCUAAUCGGUCGCCUCAAUAUUUCGAGUCAAAAGAUGAAACCUAUGUCGAAUAUAGAAAAAGUCAUUUGCAAGCUACUAGUGAAAGCAUGGGCUUGCAUGUUACAGAGUCAGUUUUACAAAAGGCAAUACAGCUUUUUGAUACACUGGCAGCUGGAAAUCACCAAGUCGUGUUAGUUGGAAGAUCGGCUUCGGGAAAAUCAACCUGUUGGAAUUUGGUAAAAAACGCAUUGCAUUCUUGGAAACAAAGCAACUUGGAGUACCCUAAAGUAUUUGAGUGUUUUCCUGCAUGCUUUCCAGCUACACGAUUACCAAAACACGCAGAUUUUAAAGCAUUCAAAGACAGUAUUUUGAGAAAAACAUAUUACCGUGCCAGUGAAUUUUCAGCUAGCAAUGAACAUAUACUUGCAAAAGAUACCAAACAUCAACAGAAUCCUGUAGUUGCUGGUUAUGCGUGGAUUGUAUUAGACGAAGGAGAUGAUUGUGAUGAGAUGGAUAUGAUAUAUAACAUUUUUUCACUCGAGGGUAAUACUUUUAAUCAGGCUGAACCAGCUGGUAAGAAAACACUUGUUCGUAUAAUUCACAAGGUUACUCAGCUGGCCGCCUUUUCACCAAGGCAGAUUACUGCUGCUCCAAUAGUAUUUUUUGAUGGCUCCAAGUUGCUUAGCGAGCAUAUUGUGCAUUCUACAAUCAAUAGAGCACCAUCAUUUAUUUCACAUCUCAAGCCACUUUUUCUGCAUAUAUUUCACCAACUAAUUGUCCCAGCGGUGCAAUUUAAGCAUGCAGUUGGUAUAGCCAAACAAAUAGACACGGCAAUUGAAAGAUUCGCUGUAGAACAGGUGUACAAACUACUGUUUGCUUUAUUCAUCGAGUUUGGUAUUCAAGGACUUUCUCGGCUUACAUACCACGAACAAUGCAUCUGGACUGUAUCGAGUGCUCUAUUUAGCAUUAUAUGGGUGAUUGGAGCACAGCGACACUUUUCCGAUCGUAUUAGAUUUGAUUUGUUUGUUCGAGAAAAGUUGACUGUUGGACCGCUGAAAAAACUUGAGCAAUUGAUGGGACUUUCUGGCAAACUUUUUGUAAAUGGUGUUGCUUUUCCUUCUACUGGCACAGUGUUUGACUUUACGUUUGAUGACAAACAUAUGUGCUGGACUCCGUGGAGUCUAGAUCAUUCGAAACAGAGAGAGUUCGACUGUGUAAAUCCAACUAUUUGGAAUAUUGACGCAGUGCGUAUCCAACGAUUGGCUGGUCUUUAUCUCUCUCAAAAUCAGCAUGUGUUGAUAGACGGUUUAAGCGGGGUUGGAAAAUCACACAUUGGGCUUGCAACAAUGUCAGAGUUUGUUUCAAGCUCUGACAAAUAUCUAAAUGAUAUUUCCAAAUAUCUAUUUACUCAAAAUAUGGACAUGGAAUGUUUCAAAAAACACGUCGAGGCUGGACUUUUUGUGAAAAGUCACAACACGAUGGGUAUCCCAUCUGGACAAAAAAGAUUGCUUUUUGUCGACGAUUUAAAUGGAGCUUUGUUGGAACAGGACAAGACAGUAUUUGAAACUUUGCGCAUGCUCAUGUCAACAUCUAGUUGGUAUUCAAACAAAGAUAUUCAGCAUAUUGAGGACGUUUCAAUAGUUGCAACAUAUCGAAUUGCAAGCGAGUACGCAGAAUUACCAGUCAGAUUUCUUCGAUACUUUUCUAUUAUUACUCUUGAUGAUAACGAUGCAGAUCGUUUGAAUGACAUUGGAAUGGCUUGCUUUACUUGUUACUCCAAUGUUCAAGAUUUGCUCAAACUAUGCUCUAAAUUUAUUCAAGCAACCCUCGACUUGUGUCAUCGUCUACGUCUUCAAUUUCCACAAUCUAUGCAAAAUCCACACUAUAUUUUUUCAAUGCGCGACAUGGUCGGCAUUAUCCGCAAUGUUGGUAUGCAAAGCAAACGUUGCACUAGUACUAUACCACUACUUUGCUGUUGGCUAUAUAGUAGCUUGCGUGUAUGGUCCGAUCGACUUGAAGAUGCAGAGUCAAAAACCAUGUAUGACAAAGUUGUCAAGGAUGUGACGAGUAUCCAUUUUGCAGUGCCGUUUGACGAUGUUUUUCAAGUUUCAGACGAUACUUUUUUGUAUUCCCGGUAUCUAUUGCUUCAUGAUACUGCUGCAAAUCAAUCUGACAUACUAGUCUCACACACGCCAGAAACACUUGUAACCACAAUUUUUAAUCUACCAUCCAUCAAAAAUGAUCCAGGAUUGGCAUCAGUACGACAUCCUCAUGGAGUUAUAUGGGCUAUCAAGAUAGCAUGCAUACUUGGUAUCAUGGAGCAAUCUGCUGCGUUAGUUGGAAACAAUAUUGGAGACCACUGUUUUUUGGCAAAAUUAUCAAGCAUGAUUUUAAAAGCCGAGUUUUACUCUUACUCGAUCUCUGUCUCGAAUAGUAAAACUUUACAAAUCAGUGCAUGGAACAACUUUCUUUUGAAAAUACUAAACAGAGCAUCUAAUAAUAUGCUCGUAAUCGCAUACAUAGAUAGUUCUAUAAUUUCUCAAUCCAUGUGGCAAGAUGUGCAAUAUAUUCUUAAAUUUGGUGUAAAAUCCGACUUUGUCGAUCAGAUUUUAACAAGCACAGUGCAAAGUCGCAUUUUGGAAUACAUGAGAAAUUUCAAGCAAGAAAGCUCGCAAAAAUACACUAACGAAAAACGUCAAAUCAAAGAAAUCUGUCUAGACUUUAUCAAGUCAAAAAUUCGGUUUGUAAUUGGAGAAAUAGGAAAUGCACACAACUCGGACUGGGUAGCCUUGGCAUCACAUUACCCUUGGAUUCCCUUUACCUUUUCUGUGAUGCGAGUUCAAGAAUGGGACGUAUCCACCGUGGCAUAUGUGAUGCAUUGCUUUUUUGAGGUAGAAAACCUUUCAGUAAUGUAUAAUGAUUGUGACUGGCUAUCACGGUUUUUCGUGGCUGUAUCGCAUAUAAUUCCUACGCUAUCCCAAGCCGAGUAUUCAGAAACAAGAUCAACACCACGAUAUUCCCCAAACACAUUGCUAAACUCUAUACGAAUUUUUGCAUCAGAGUUGGGAAAACGCCUUCAAUCCCACAUGCAAACUAUAGCAUACACAGAGAUUGCAGCGAAAAAAAUAUCUACUAUAUUUCAGCACGAGCUUGAAUUACAUGAGGAUAAAAGCCGCCUGUUGAAAUCGGUAGAAACUCUUAGUGCACAAAUAAGUGCCACAUUACAAACCAUUGAAAAGACUCGUGCUGAACGAGAGAUCCAAAAUGAGGAGCUGAAAAUUCAGAAAGAUGGUUUAAAGAAAUGGGAGACUGAGCUGCAAUAUUUGCAAGUUGUUUAUCAAAGUGAGAUUGAAAAGGCUUUAUUGCCAUUUGAAGCCUCUAUCGAUGAAAUCAAGUUGUUGGAAAGAAGUGACAUAUACGAUCUAAAAGGCAUUGAUGAUCCUUGCAAUGGAAUAUUAUUGAUUUUUGAAGCAAUUACGCAAAUCCUGCAACAUCAAUCUCUUCCAAACGAGUCAGAAUGGGAAUCGGCUCGAAGACUUAUUUCAACUCCAAGUUUUUUGAGUGAUGUUUUAAAAGUUGAUAAAGACGAUAUCUCUUCUUUGAUUUGGUACGAAAUUGAGCGUUGUGCUAAGCACGUCGAUUUUGACUCUCCAAAAGUAAAGUCUCAGUCCAAAGCAGCCUCAUAUUUUCAAACUUGGAUCAGAUGUCUGGAAAAAUAUCACAAGGCAACAUUGAUUUGGGGUCCUCAGAAAAGACAAAUACACGAACUUGAAGACAAGAUAUCCAAGCAAAGCCAGCAUAUCCGGGAAAUAGACACUAGCAUUGUGAAUUCAAACGUUUUACUAAAAACAUGCAAAACAUCAUUUGAAAAACUGAUGCGACAACAAGAGGAGCUUCAGCGAGCAAUCAAAAACGCUGACAACACGCUAUUAACAGCAUCCACUCUGAUAAGUUCACUGCAAAAAUUAUACACGGGUUACCAAAAUGAUCUUGUCGAAAAAAGUAGUUUAUUUUACCAAUUGGUCAUACAGUCGCUUCUGUUUGCAUGCAAUGUCACAUAUGCUGGACCAUGCUCUCCCAAAAUCCGUGCGUGGAUAAUCCAACAGUGUCAGCAGUUUUUGAUUGAUAUUAACCCUGCAAUCAUGAAUUUUAAAGAAAUCAUGGAUAAAAACAAAUUUUGUUUUGUUGACUAUAUAUCUGAUGGUCGACCACAGGAUAUGUAUUUGGUAUUGGGAUUUCCUCCCAGUGAUGAUAUUCUGGAGUCUGCAUUAAUAAGCACACACCAUUGUCAGCUUCCAUUAAUUUGGGAUCCAUAUCACCAAUCUCAAAACUGGAUUGCAGCAUUAAAUAGAGUGAGCGAAUGCAAAUCAUUUAAUGCAGAAAACCCAAACAUUUUUGAUCAAUUGAUGCAGUCUAUACAAAUGGGAUCAACAUGCAUUCUUUUACUUGACAGUGUUGAUAUUCCGCCAAUCAUUGAAAGUCUUAUUGUUGCAAUGAGCUCCCGAUUACUGUUUUCAACUGCACAAAAAAGUAAAAUCUCGUGGAAUUUGCAAGGAUCACGACAAGUUAGUAUCGGUUCUACAUUUUCCAUGUAUCUUAUAGUGCGUCUACCCAAAAAGGAAAGUCUGUGGCGAAACUGGAUGAGGUAUACUGCUGAGGUGCAAAUACCUAUUGAAAAUAGUCAUAUUUUAAACCUUGUACAAGAAACAAUCUUAAAAGUCGAUAAUCCUGAAUUGCAUACACGUAAAACUCAUCUUCAAGUUUCUAGCUCCAAUAGGUUUGGUCUUUUAAAAACUCUUCGAUCUAGAGGAGUCAAUUUUUGUGGAAAGCUGGGAAUCUGUGAUGUCACUGGUGGCGACAUUUACCGUAGUAUUAUUGAUGUUGAACAGCAGAUUACUACCAAUCAAAAAGAUGAAGAAACUACAGUAGAGGCACUGGUUCAAGUGGACAAGGAGCUUGUAUGGUAUAUAGAGGUAUCUCAAGCAUUGACCAGCAUAUAUCUGGGAUUACAGAGAUUACGACUGGCACGUCCGGAAUACACGUAUUCUGUUGAUUGGUUUAUUGGAAUUUGCAAUACUCAAGCCAAGCUGUCCAAAAAAGAAAUCAAACAAAACCCAAAAUCAUUUUUACGCAUGGUUGUUGAUAGUGUGUGCAAAUCUGCUUCCAUUGGAUUAGCAGUUCAGGAUCGGACUAUUUUGUUGUUUAUCAUUUCAAAAACCAUUGCAGAUGUGUCUUAUUUUGGCGCAGGCGAAAACGGAUUUUCAGAAACCUAUUUGCGACACAUGAUUGGUGCACCUAAAAAGAUAGUCAACGUUUUACCAGGAAAAACUUGCUCAACUCUUACCGCAUCAAACCCUGCAACUGAUUGGUUGGAUAAUGAGAAAUGGACUGACGUUUUACAACUCUCCACAGUUUCUAAUUUUUCAAGAUUUGCGUUGGAUUUUUCUAGCUAUGCUAACAGGGCCACGACUCCUGUGCUCGAGUCCAGCUGGGAGGAUAUUGGCAAUGCUGUCGAUCCCAUCAGUAUAGAUUUUCCUCCUCCAUGGAAUACUAGUCUCACCUCUGUGGAAAAAAUGUUGGUGUUGAAGACCCUAAGACCCGAUAUACUUGACAGUAUUUUAAAGCAGUAUGCCCAGUUAGUAUUAGGAACUCAAAUUUUUGAUGAAGUUUUCCCUGUAGACCCAUGGCUGCGUGGAUACCAUGAUUCGGCUCCGACAGUUCCCAUUAUUGUUUGUGCAAAAGGCAACGAAGAUCCAAUCAAGCCAAUUAUAAAGCUUGCUUUCAAACGUCGACUCGCCAAUCCUAACCUCGUUAUUUUGUCCAUUUCUGCCUUGACAAGUCUUGAAUCAUCGCGCUUGGAAGAAUAUGUGGCAAAUGGUCGUUGGAUUGUAGUCUAUACAAACUGCUGCCCAUAUGAUUAUUUGUCUUUAUUUUCAAAUCAGAUUUCCGUUUUACUGAAUGCUCAAAUUGAAAAGGUUUCCAGCUUUCGCCUAUGGCUUGUUGUCGAUCAACAAACUGUGUGUUUGACACCGACAAAAGUAGUGCGUGUUUGGUACGAACAUAAUCGAGACUACCGCAUAUAUUUGGAAGAGGCAUUGUAUGCAAUCGAAGACGCCAUGUCCUAUGAGUCCAAAACACCCACCGCAUAUAGAAACUUUCUUUUUGGUCUUUGUUUUUUCUAUGCCAAACUUCGAAGUCAACUAAAUUUAUUGCACUUGGACAUCUGUGGUACCAUGGACUAUCAAAUCAGCGAUCUGAAUAACUCGAUCAAACUAUUACGACGAUUCUUUGCUCAAAAAGCUGCCACGAAUGACUCUACGGCACUCAUUCACGACGUUUAUCAAUAUGUGUGCGAGGUAGCAUUUAAAUAUCAGCUACCGACCAGAUGGGAAAUAAGGCUACUGCAUACUUGGUUUUCAGAUACCAUGAAGCAAUUAUGGACUCAGUGCGAGAAAAAUGGAGCCAAUAGUCCAAGUUUGGUCAGAUAUUUUGGAAGUACAUCUCAAAAAGAACAUGAUCGAAGAUAUGACUGUCUAAGCAAACUUCCAUAUGGACCUGAUCCUGGCUCCGCAAUUUCUAAUCUAAUAGGUGGAAUCAAAUGCCUUCCUAUUCUACAUUCCGAUCCUCGUGUUGUAACUUCUCUGCAAAAAUGUUGGCCAGAAUUGAUAUGCGUUCCAAAAAAACUUGAGUGGAGAAAUGAUGAGAGUUUCCCCAAAUAUCUCCAAUCGAUUUUGGAUCGAGUUAAUAACGUUAUCGUUGGAACAGUUUUUGAAGUACAAUGUCUAAAAUCUAUAAAACCCCGAAAAAAUAAGCCUAGCGAUAAUGCAAUACCAAACCAUUCAGCAGAUUCUACUACUGUGCUUGAAAGUCACAAGUUUGCAUGUACAACAACUGGGACUAAUAGUUCCAGAAAAAACAAAAUCCCAAAGUUUGUGGAUGCCGUGUUGCACACAAAUGUUGUAAGCUACCUAUAUUUGCUCCGAGUUAUCAAGCAGAGCUUGACUCGAUCAAUCUAUGCUUUUCAAGGACGCUUGGAAAUGGAUUUUAAAAUCAAAACACUUGUUCAAGAAAUCUAUUGUCAGCAUAUUCCAACAGAGUGGAUACUCAAUGGAUACACAUAUGCCUCUCAGCGUACUUUUCCCGAUUGGCUUGAUAACUUUUUCAAUCGACUAGCAUUCAUCAAUCGAUGGUAUUCAGCACGCUACUUGAAGCUUAAACCAGGCGCAAAAGAAUUAAUCAUGUACGACUUGUCUAAAAUGUUUUCUCCCAAAGCGUUUAUUCAAGGUGAGGAGUUGAUUGUGCCAUACUUUAUCUGUAAAAUGUAA